ACCCCCUUCAGUCCCAUCAGCCUCUGCGCGCGCCGCGGGACUGCUGGUGGGUUUGUUGCUCGGUUCUCACAGUGCCCUGGUGGCGGAGCGAAAAGUAACAUGGCGGCGGCCCUAGACCUGGCCCGUCCGCGGUUCCCAGACAGUGACGUCGAACAGGACCCCGGGGCGGCGGCGCAGGAGCUGACAGUGGCCAUGGAACAGAAGCCAGAUGAUGCAGAAUAUUACUGUCAAAGAGCUUAUGCUCAUAUUCUUCUACAGAAUUACUGGGAUGCUGUUGCAGACGCAAAGAAGUCCCUAGAACUCAAUCCCAAUAAUGCCACAGCUUUUCUCAGAAAAGGGUAUGUAACCAUUUAAGAAGCUACAGGCAGCAAGUUUCCAUUUU